AUGGCAUUAGAUCAAGCGGUUGAAUUCGAGGACUAUUUUCCAUCUAUGAUGGAGCAGUUGGGAACUGAAGGAUUUAUGAUGGAAUUAUGUAAUGGAUUUCGUUUGCUAAUGGAUGGUGAGAAGGGAUUGAUUACGUUUGAAAGCUUGAAGAGAAACAGCAUUUUGUUGGGGUUGCAGGACAUGAGGGAUGAUGAACUUGUGUGCAUGUUGAUGGAAGGUGAUUUGGAUGGAGAUGGAGCUAUAAAUCAGAUGGAGUUUUGCAUUCUCAUGUUUAGACUGAGUCCAGGGAUGAUGGUUGGACCCGCACAAUGCAUGGAUUAUGAAUUUGAUGUAUUAGUGUAA